AUGGCAGGGAAUCGACCCCGAUGGUUGUCUGCCACACCUCAACCAGCUGGGGAGCAAGGACUGUGUUGCUCGGUGGAGCAUCUCUACACAUCCACCAAGGCUUCUCAGCAACUCUACACAUCCACCAAGCCUUCUCAGCAGCUCUACACAUCCACCAAGCCUUCUCAGCAGCUCUACACACCCACCAAGGCUUCUCAGCAGCUCUACACAUCCACCAAGCCUUCUCAGCAGCUCUACACACCCACCAAGCCUUCCCAGCAUCUCUACACAUUCACCAAGCCUUCUCAGCAGCUCUACACAUCCACCAAGCCUUCUCAGCAGCUCUACACAUCCACCAAGCCUUCUCAGCAGCUCUACACACCCACCAAGCCUUCCCAGCAUCUCUACACACCCACCAAGCCUUCUCAGCAGCUCUACACAUCCACCAAGCCUUCUCAGCAGCUCUACACACCCACCAAGCCUUCCCAGCAUCUCUACACACCCACCAAGCCUUCUCAGCAGCUCUACACAUCCACCAAGCCUUCCCAGCAUCUCUACACAUCCACCAAGCCUUCUCAGCAGCUCUACACUUCCACCAAGCCUUCAAAGCAGCUCCACACAUCCACCAAGCCUUCUCAGCAGCAGCAGCCUCAGCAGCACUACACAUCAACUACGUCUACUCUACACAGCCCCAGUUCCAGACUCAACCACAGGGAAGGAGAGAGAGAGAAAGGGGUAACUGCAAGUCAUGGGAGUGCGAUGAGAGAGAGGAUCAACAUGGAGAAAAGAUAG